AUGUAUAGUAGUAUACUGUUAAUAGUAUUACUAUUACUAUUAUAUUCAACAAUGGCUAGAUAAAUAUUAAUUAAUCUCUGCAAAUCAAUUAACAUUGGAGGUCCCAUAAAAAAUGGUUGUCUAAAAGCAACACUCCAUUCUUACCUUCUUGAAAUCAAUGGCUCUUCCAUUUUCGUCUGAAAAUGCAAGAAAUGCGUUCAAACUCCUGCUCUUUUUAGGCCUUUCUACAUAUUUCAUCUUCGUUGCCCUUCCCAAUCAUUAUCCCAACUCCAAAUUCUUUUCCCUGAGGGCUCCGGUCCCGGAGCCCCCAACGAAUCUCAACCACGUCAUUUUCGGGCUCUUAGGGUCCGAAAACGCGUGGCAUGAUAGGCAACACUACACACAAUCGUGGUGGAGGCCAAACGUGACACGUGGGGUCUUGUACUUGGACAAGGCCCCGACGGGGGACCUCGUGCCAUGGUCCCCUGCCUCGCCUCCGUAUAGGGUUUCAGACGACCUAACGAAACUCUUGCAGGAGACCGGGGCAGGGUACCCGAUUAUGAUCCGCAUGGUUCACGGGAUCAUGGAAGUGGUGAGGGAGAUGGGCGACGCGAACGUUAGAUGGGUCGUGAUGGGGGACGACGAUUCGGUUUUCUUCGUGGAUAACAUGAUCGACGCCCUUGGUGAGUUGGAUCAUAGGAAGUAUUACUAUGUUGGGGGGCAGUCCGAAUUUGUGAUGUCGAAUUAUUGGUUCUCGUUUAACCAAGGAUUUGGAGGAGCUGGGUUCAUGUUGAGUUACCCUCUUGCAAAAGCUCUUGCAAAUGAUAUGGAGAGUUGUCUAAGGCGUUAUGCUCAAUUGAAUUCAGCUGAUACGAUUACUAUGACUUGUAUUGCUGAUAUUGGUGUCAAUCUCUCUCCUCACAAGGGAAUUCACCAGAUUGAUUUACACGGCGAUCUCUCCGGAUUCUUAUCUUCACAUCCAAAAUCCCCGCUGCUCUCCCUCCACCAUUUACAUACGGUGGAACCAAUAUUCCCCGGCAUGGAUCGUUUCCAGUCGACACGGCACCUCAUGAAGGCGGCAGCGGCCGACCAAUCCCGUAUGCUACAACAAACCAUCUGCCACCACAGGCAGAGCAAAUGGUCCUUGUCCGUUUCGUGGGGCUACUCCGCCCACAUAUACGAGCAAAUCAUGCCUCGAAGCCACCUGCAAAAGCCCCUCGAGACAUUCCAGCCGUGGUCAGGCAUGCCAUUGUCGCCGCCUCUCUACAUGUUCGAUACGAGGUUACCAUCCAAUGAUUCCUGCCUUGUCCCCCAUAUCUUCUACUUUAAGAAAGUAGACAAGGUUUCGAAGGGAAUCCUAACCACCUACUCUCGAGUGGCGCCUCGUGGGAUACCACCUUGCUUUUUAACGGCGGAUCUUGUCUCCGAGAUCCGUGUCCUUUCCCCAGCAACCAAGCGGAAAGAGAUGGAUCGGUGUGAAUGCUGCGAUGUUGUUGGAGUGGGGGAAUAUGUGGAGCUUAAGUUGAGGGAAUGCAUGGUGAAUGAAGUCAUUGCUUAACCUAACCGUAUGAUAGCACCAAAUAUUUGUACUUAUUAACUAUGAGAAUUAUAUAUAUCUAUAAAAUUACAAAUUUGAAUU